AUGAUUUUUUUCUCUGGGAUCGCCAUACCGGGUCUCCCCGUGGGGUGGAACGUGAGCUAUGACUUCAACGAGAGCGACUUCAACGUGUGCAUGGUCAUCCUGAAGACCUACCUGACUCGUAUGAUGGAGCAGGGGGACCCGCGGAUACCUUGGAACACCCUCAAGUACCUCAUCGGGGAGGUGAUGUACGGCGGGCGGGCCAUCGACGACUUUGACCGCCGUAUCCUGCGCACGUACAUGGACGAGUACAUGGGAGACUUCAUCUUCGACGCCUUCCAGCCCUUCCACUUCUACCACGACGACACCGUGGACUACCGCAUCCCCCAGCCCGAGGAGCCGCAGGUCAAGGACGAGUCAACGACUGUGAGCCGGGUGUCAUGUGACUGUCGUUUUGUUCUCUGUCAGGUCAACGACUGUGAGCCGGGUGUCAUGUGGUUGUCCGGCCUCCACAUCCCAGAGUCGUACCUCACGGCGCUGGUGCAGGCCACGUGCAGGAAGAACGGCUGGCCCCUGGACAAGUCCACGCUCUACACGUCGGUCACUCACUACCUGCACCCUGAUGACGUCACAGAAAGGACCUUGACCGGUUGUUUCGCUCAUGGCCUGUACCUGGAGGGUGCCUCGUGGGACGUGGACAGGAUGUGUGUGAAGCGACAGCCGCCCAAACAGCUGCUGCAAGAGCUGCCCGUGCUCAAGAUCAUCCCGAUAGAGGGCCAUCGGCUGAAGCUGCAGAACACGUUCCGCGCGCCGGUGUAUGUGACGUCACAGCGGCGUAACGCCAUGGGCGUGGGCCUGGUGUUUGAGGCGGACCUGGCCACCAAGGAGCACAUCUCUCACUGGGUGCUGCAGGGGCUCUGUCUCAUUCUCAACACAGACUAGGCUCUCGCUGGGUGCUACAGGGGCUUUGUCUCAUUCUCAACACAGACUAGGGCGCCUCAUACAUUGUACUCAACACAGACUAGGGCGCCUCAUACAUUGUACUCAACACAGACUAAGCCGCCUCAUACAUUGUACUCAACACAGACUAGGCCGCCUCAUACAUUGUACUCAACACAGACUAGGCCGCCUCAUACAUUGUACUCAACACAGACUAGGCGCAGCUUGGUCCCUGUCAUCCGCACAUUAUCUCCCAUUGGGUCCAGCAGGGUCUUUAUCUCAUACUCAAAGCGGAUGGGGGCGUUCUGUCUCAUUCUCAACAUGGACUAGGGCGCAGCUUGGUCCCUGUCAUCGGAGAUGGACGUUGCCCUGAACCUUUUGAUGACCCUUUCGUUUGCGAAUUUUGAAGUGACUCUACGCCAUGACCCAAGGCCAAUAUCGACUAGAUAUACUUUGUUAAAAGACUGGACAGCUACACCGAACCAAACCAUGUCAGAGAGCCUAAAGGAGAUUUAGAUUUGUUACAUUUGCCUCUUUAGAACUUUUCAAUUUGAAAGCCAUAUUAUUAUGUACGGCUUUGGGGGGGGGGGAGGGGGGCUCUUAAACUGUUACUUGAUCUAUAGAUUUGUCUUUUCCAAUUCUCAGAUUAUCUCGGAAUCUCCUCAGCAAUGUUAACACCGCCACAGCCCAAUGCCCGGGUACAGCUGUGUUCACUGUGUUGAUUGUUCUAGCGGUCUGGGCCAUGUCCUAUUUUCAUAACUGUCACUUGACACGCAGACUUAGCUCCACUUCUUAGGGCAACAGUUGCAAUGUGCUGACCGCAGUUGUAGCGCAGUCGACCUCGGGCUUGGUCUGAAACGAACCAGUCGAUGCUCAAAAACCAUUCGGGGUUUAAAAUAGAUGGUUUCUCGUCUUUGCCAGGGUAUUAUUCCCGGCUUCCUAGAUAGUCUAAAGAGCGGUUGUUGCGCCUUGGGCAAUACCUGCACUCCUGCACUGUGUAUUUCAACAGAAAAUAACAGCAGAGCCAAGAACAGUGUCAAAAGUAAUAAAAGCAAUAACAACAACAAUUAUAACAACGACAACUACGAUAGGACAGAUUCUUCACACGAGCUUGACUCAAAGCAAUAAUGCUUUUCUUUUUAAGCAGCUGCCAUCGUGAAUAAGGCAAUAAUUAUAAUGCUGUUAGAAGGACAUAAUAAAUUAUCUAUGUUCUGUUGAGUGGUGUUGCAUUACAUAAUUUAUUAUAGAAAAAUGUACCGUUUCCGUGUGUUGCUUUGUGAGUUUAGCGUUUCUUUGGUUUUUAAAAGAAAAAUGACCAAAGUUGAAGAGAGGGAGAAGAUUUGAAACUGAUAUGUAGAAAUAAUAGUUAUGUGACUAAGUUGUGAAGCGGUGAGUAAAACUUUGAGUUGGUCAGUGAGUGUAAACGAGAAUAUAAAAGAGAGAGAGAAGGAGAGAGGGGGGGGAGAGAGAGAGAGAGAGAGAGAGAGAGAGAGAGAGAGAGAGAGAGAGAGAGAGAGAGAGAGAGAGAGAGAGAGAGAGAGAGAAUCAACAAUAGUAUAUUUUAUUACGUUCACUGUUGCUUUAGCUUCAAUGUUGAUGGGUUGUUACUUUGUUUUUUCCGGUUUGCAAAAUUAAAAUUAAAAAUGGAAUCAAUA